AUAAAGCAUAGAUUGUAUGCUGACUAUUGCAGACUAUGUCGCAGAGGUCUUUCCCUUGGACAUCUAUCAGACAAUAACGCAGUCACGAUGAUGAAGUCAAAGAACUCUUUUUGUCUUUUGUUGUGCGCGCCGAUAGUAACUGCACACUACACAUUCCCUUGGCUCUACGUCAACGGCACACUCCCGCGAAUGUGGCAAUACGUACGCUACGUAGCAAUAGGGUACGAAGACGGGGAAAACUGGGACAGCCUCCCCGGGCCGGGAAUGGCUAUACCCCAAUACGAUACCACCAGCACGAAUUUCACUUGUGGUCGGCUUGCCAUUGACUAUGCGAAGACGACGGAGACUGCCGACGUUAUCGCUGGAACAGUAGUUUCGUUCAGAGUCAAUCAAGGGUUUGCACCAGAUGACGAAGGCGCUUUAAACUCUGGCCUCAAUCAUCCCGGACCCGCGCAGGCCUAUCUGGCAAAACCUCCAGAGGGAGUCGCCCUGGAGGACUUCAGCGGCACCGACGGCGACUGGUUCAAGAUUGCCACGCUAGGAGCAAAAACCAACGAGAGCUGGGUUCUUGAAAGCUACGCUGCAGGUCGAAUGGCAAACAUCACCAUUCCCGCCACAACCCCCCCUGGGACAUACCUCCUCCGCUUCGAGCAGUUCUGGCGCGACAACAACAGGAAAUGGGAGCAGUGGUUCGUCAACUGCGCACAGGUCAAUAUUAUUGGUCCUGGCGGAGGCAGUCUCAAAGGGUAUCCCUUUGCAAAGUUUCCUGGAGUUUACGAUGAGAAGGAUCCAGGGAAUUUGGACCAUCCGGAGUUUUGGGAUAAGUAUGGGUAUUAUCAGAAUCUUUUGGCUUGGGUUGCUCCUGGCCCGCCUGUGUGGACGGGUGAAUAG